GGGAAGCGUGUCAUCAGAGUAUCCGACGACAAAGUGGUGAAAUGGGGUCCAGAUGUCACACAAGAAGAAGCAGAGAAUCAAAGGAUAGCCUACGAACUUCUGGAUAGUCGCAUAGUUCGUGUUCCACGCGUGUAUGAUUUCUUUUCCGAUGAGCAGGGUCGGGGUUAUAUUGUCAUGGAAUUGAUAGAAGGAAAGAUUCUUGACCCCCUGGAAGAUAUAGUCGCUGUUGAAAAGGUCGCAGCGGUAUUGAGUCAUUUCACAACACUACAGCAC